AUGUAUGCCUGCGACGUGGGGCCGGCCGGGCGCCGCCUCCGCGGGUAUGAACAGUUCGCCUACGACGGCGCCGAUUACAUCGCCCUGAACGAGGACCUGCGCUCCUGGACCGCGGCGGACACGGCGGCUCAGAUCACCCGGCGCGACUGGGAGGCGGCCGGUAAGGCGGAGUACUGGAGGAGCUACCUGGAGGGCGAGUGCGUGGAGUGGCUCCGCAGAUACUUGGAGAACGGGAAGGAGAUGCUGCAGCGCGCAGAUCCCCCAAAGACUCAUGUGACCCACCACCCCAUCUCUGACCGAGAAGUCACCCUGAGGUGCUGGGCCCUGGACUUCUAUCCUGGGGAGAUCACCCUGUUCUGGCAGCUUGAUGGGGAGGACCUGACCCAGGAAACAGAGCUUGUGGAGACCAGGCCUGCAGGGGACGGGACCUUCCAGAAGUGGGCGGCUGUGGUUGUGCCUUUUGGAGAGGAGCAGAGAUACAUGUGCCAUGUGCAGCGCAAGGGGCUGCCUGAGCCCGUCACCCUGAGAUGGAAGCCGCCUCCUCAUUCCACCAUCCCCAUCAUGGGCAUCAUUGUUGGCCUGGUUCUCCUUGGAGCUGUGGUCACUGGAGCUGUGGUGGCUGGAGCUGUGAUGUGGAGGAAGAAACGCUCAGGCAGCGACAGUGCCCAGGGCUCUGAUGUGUCUCUCAUGGAUCCUAAAGAUGAGACUCUGGAGGCCUGA